AUGCAGGAGUUGGAAGCUACACACUUCGGUAAUGAUUCCUGGCAUAAACCCAAUCCAUGGGAAUUUUUGGUCAAUAAAAAACAUCAUAUAAUAUGGUGUAACGUUUUCAAAGCUGCCUCCUCCUCAUGGAUGUAUAAUUUUAAUGUACUGGCCGGAUAUUCGCCAGAAUUUUUGCGCAAAACCAAAGAGAUAUUUUUGCACUUAGCACGUGAACGUUACCCACGGGUUACUUUAGAUGAGCUACACGAGGCCCAAAACAAUUCAGUGACCUUUUUAAUAGCUCGCCAUCCUUUUGAGAGGCUAUUGAGUGCUUAUCGCGAUAAAUUCGUGUAUGCCAUACCACAUUCACUGCACGAUAAGUUCGGUCGUAAAAUAGUACGAACAUACAGGAAAAAGAGUCUACAAUUAAAGCCACCGAAAUAUCCAACAUUCCAAGAAUUCGUACGCUGGCUAUUGGAUCAAAUCAAGCAUGACAAUUAUCUGGACAUGCAUUUUGUUUCGUAUACUCGAUUUUGUACACCGUGCCUCAUACAUUUCGAUGUCAUAUUGAAAUUUGAAACCCUGGAAGAGGAUCAAUUAUAUUUGAUCGAAAAGACUGGUCUGAAACAAAUAAUAGCGCCCGAAUGGCAAAAUCCCGGAAAGGGGAAGAAUACAUUGGACUUAUUGCAACAAUUCUAUUCGAAAUUAACGAGAACAGAGAUCGAUGGACUGUAUGAUUAUUAUAGAUACGAUUUUGAACUCUUCAAUUAUAGUGCGACAUCAUAUUUUAAUAUAGCCCGCUCGAAUGAGGAAGAUACUCCGGAACAGUCCGUGUUAUUAUUGGGAAAACCUUCUGCGCCUUGAAAAAUAUAAAGAGACGUUGCAUUAGCUAUUUCCUCGCAUCACAAAU